AUGGCCUCCUUGCAGCUUCCGCUCGAGAAGUUCCCAGAGGAGGGCGACCCACCAAGUGAAGCUCAGGACACCGGACGCUCUCCGAGCACUUCUGUCGGAAGCUCACAGCAAAGCUUCCCAGGACCAGGAGCCGGUGCCGGCACCGAAGCGACCCGAGCCCAAGUCCCCCUGGGGGCGGAAGCUCCCUGCCUGUUUGAGGCAGAGGCCGCUUGGGUCAGCCAGCUGUGUGACGACAGGCCUUUCCCGGCCAAGUCCACUCUAGAUCCAGUGGAACCCAUUUGUCCGGAGCUGACGCUCCCUCUCGAUUUUCCCCCAGUCGCUCAAACCUUCGACGACUUCUUGUCGCCGCGGCAGUCGCAUGCCCCGGGAAGUGCAGCGCGACCGUUGCAAAGUGCACUUACUCUCGGUGCCGCUGCCCCACCCAGCCAGCCCAACCUCAGCUUCCCACUCCCAGGCAUGUGGACGCAUACAGAACCCCCCAUGCCAGAGCCUGUGAUGCCAGUUGCACCGGAUGCGCGUCAGGAUCAGGCGCUUCCAAUACCAGAGUUCGUGCCCCCUGAACCCAUGCUGCACAUGCAGGGGAGCGCACCAUACGCGUGCGCUCCCUACAUGGCAGUUCCGCACCAGCCCUCGCACAUGUGGACACCAGCCACAGAGAGCAGAGAUCUCCCUUCUUUGGGCUCUGCUUCCCAUGGCACAGGCCUAUGCAAGCCUUGUGCUUUCCAUCACACCAAGGGUUGUCAAUGCGGGGUGAAUUGCACAUUUUGCCACCUUUGCCUUCCCGGGGAGAAGAAGCGUCGACAGAAGGAGAAGCAGGCAGUUGCCCGAGCUAAAACCGCAUACGGGCGAUGA